AUGUUUCCAGGAUUGUCGCUGCUGUUGCCAGACACACAGCCUCUCCCUGUGUAUAUAAUGCUUGCCGGAUCACUGCUUGCAUUCGCCGCUCUCCUUAGUGUCUUUUAUGCACAAGAGUACCAUACAAGAAUUGCAAGAUUCUUCAUUAUGAAGACAGAAAACACAUUCAUAAGGGCACUAAUGCUAUGCCUGCUGAACAGCAUGCCAAAGAUCGUGCUGAUGGCCAGCCUGCACAGGGCAUCCUCAAUUGGCAUCUUCUCAUCUGUGCUUUCAGGCAGCACCCAGCUAUCGGUUGCAAUCACCCUUGCAAUCAUACUGCUUUCUGCAAAAUCCAACUUUGUUGUACACCAUAUGAGCUUUUACAAGGAUAUCUUCUUCAUGGAAGCAUCGCAUCUGCUCUUGCUGAUCAUGCUAUCGAAUGUAUCGUCAUCAAGCUUCAUUCCAUUUAUGUCGCUGUGUGUGUUUGCAAUCUUUCUGACGAACACAAUCACAAUACCAUCAUAUAUUGCACAGUCACAGAGCAGCAGCAUAUCCUCCAGGGCAUUUGCACUGGAUAGUGCGCCGCACACAGCUGGAAGGGCACUGAUGUAUCCGCUAAGGCUUGUAUUUGAUGUCUUGCUGCUCAAUCACUCACGCAUGCCACACGAGGCAACAAAGAAAAAGCCAUAUGCAGCAAUUUUCUCUCCAGCAAUCAACAUGAUGAUUGCACUGUCGUACUUCGGAAUGCAUCUCGAGUAUGCAAAGAUUCUUGCAUUGAUGAUAUGCGCGCUUCUGUUUGGAUCGUUGCUGUACGUCUUUACAAAGAAGAAGAUUCUGAGCAAUGUGCUGCAUUUGUAUUCGCUUGCUGCUGCAACAACUCUGUUCUCUGUAAUGAUGGCAGGCACAUGCAGCAUGGUCCAGCAUAUAGCAGAAGUGUCAGGAGUUGGAAGCCAGCUUUUGUCAGGAACGCUUCUUUCAAUGUUUGCAAACAUUGUUGAGAUCGUCACAUGCAUGCACUAUGCAAGAUCCGGCAUGCCUGAAAUGGCAUCAUGCUCUGUGAUGUACUCGCCAGUGUUCAACUCCCUCCUGUUUCUACCUCUGAUUAAAAUAGCACUGGGCAGAGACACAUUGCAUGCAGGCGUCCAGAACAUAUCAAACGCUCCAUUCGUGUACUUCUCGUAUGUAUUCAUUCUUGCAGAAGUCAAGGUGGUGUUUGUCAAUUAUCUUCUUAGGCACCAGAAACUGACCAGAGACCUUGGAUACACACUGAUAGUAGUGUAUUCGCUGUUCAUUGCCGGCUUUGCAGUAGAAGGCAAGGCACAUCUCUGUAAAUAA